UACAUGCUUUUAGCCAAACUCAUGUAACUUCUAUCUAUCUAGAACUUUACCUUUAAUCAUAGCCUGAGUGGGCAUCUGCCGGGAGAGCUUUGACAGUGCUUUGACGGGGUCAGGCUGGAUGGCCUCCGGGGAAGGAGCCCCUCAAGGAGUGCUGACGAGUCCCAAGGCCUUGGUGGGCGUGUUCGGGGCGCGGCUUCCUCGGCCGGGCUUCCUUUGCCUUUCCUUCCCGUCCAAGCGAGGAUGCCGCCGGCUUCGGGGCUGCUCCUGGCCGGCCUGGCCCUCAGCGCGGCCUCCUUCCUCUGCGGAGUCAUCUGCGCCUCCGCCCUCACCGUCACACAGGGGGAGUUUGGGGGCCGCUGCAUCCUCUACGGCUCGGUGAGCUACAACGGGAGCAUCACCCUCUCGGCCUCCAGCCCUCCGUCCCUCUGCCGCUUCGUCUCGGCCGUCUCCAUCCUGACCUCCGUCCUCUCCUUCGUGGUCUUGAUCCGCGGCAUCUACUCCACCUGCUUUGGAGACGGGACCCCGGACAGUGGCGUGUGGCUCAAGGGCUCCUUGGCGGUCUCGGCCGGCGUCCUCUUCUUCUUGAUGAUCUCCGCGUGCAUCCUCCGGGUCGGGAUGGACGCUCUCUGCGCCUCCAUCCACAGAGCGGCCGCGGCCUUAAGCUGCCAAGAAGCCCAGCAUCAAAAGUGGGUCCCUCCCAUCCGUCCCGAAAGGUUUUACGACAACCUCUACACGGCGGAGGCGGCUGCUUGGGUGAACUUCUUCUUCUGGUGCCUGAUGAUCGCGAUGCUCUGCGUGUCGUAUUUCGGCGAAAGCCCGUCUCGGACGCUCCGGGUUGGCGGUCAGUCUGACGAGGCGGCCCCCAUCAUUGGAUCGCUCGGACCUUGAGAACCAUUUGUCUCUAUUUAUCAUUUCAUUCUAAGGAUAGGACAAUGUGUGUCAAGAGGAGCAUCCCGGAAUGUUUUGCGGUUCCGGCGGAUUCUGCAAAGGAUGCUCGGAAUCCGAAAAUCAUUGCAGCUCUUGCCGGCGUCUUCAACUUUUCUUACUGUGCCAAAAAAAUGUGCCUGUCCCCACAGAGACGUUAUUAUUUGAGCCUUUCUUAGUUAGAAGGGUUCCGUUUUUUAUUGUAUAGUUCAUGGGAGGCCACCAUAAGUAGCUUGGAAAGCCACAAAGCCGGAUCCAGCAGCUUCCUCGAAGGCAGAACCAUUUGCAAGAAGGUCUUAGAGGAGCAAGGAGGAUGGACACAUUGCACGUUUGGAAGUUGAUGCUGGAAAUUGGAGAAAUCCUGCCCCAGGAGUAUGGAAGGCAAGACAAGAAAGGACACAGAAAGAAGAACUACAGUUGAGCCAAGCCUCCAACUUUUCCUACAAAUUUCAAUUGUCCUGGGAGGAGUCUGAAUGCUGACAUUGUAUUUCCUUAUUAAAUUCCUUGCUAACGGUU